UUCGGGCUAGGGUGGAAAAUUUACCUGGGAAAAAGAAUAGAUUCUUUUAACCUCCAGGCCACUUGAAGGAAGAAAAAGCAAGACCGUGAAAUGAAAGAAGAAGAGAUUUGGAACAAAUUUUUAUUUGUGCCUGCUAUCUCAUUAAACGUUUGGUUUAAGGUAUUCUGACCUUCAGUGCCAUAAACAGCAGUGUUCGUGGAUGCACAGCAGAUGAGGUGGUAUUUUAAAAACCUAAGUCUUGCCCCAGUUUUUUAUGUAGGGUUUUUUGGUUUUGGUUUUUUUGAAAUCCCUUUAGAGUUUGGAGGAGACUAUAGACAUAUGUUCAUCUAAUCCCACCGAUUUACAGAUAAGGAAAUGCUCUCAGAGGUUGCCUGAGGUCGCACAGCUCCUCGCAGAUCCAGAGGUCUGGUCCCCACCCUGGCCUACAACUCCCUGAGAAACAGCUCACUGUAGGCACUCCCUCUCAUUAGAGGUGACCCCCCCAUAACACAGUAAGUAGUUAGAACACACAGAAAACAAGGUUUGUACGUUCUGACUACAGGCCCAUAAGCCACUGUUUUGAGAACUUGCAUUAUAAAGUGAAGGCUUAGGCAGAAUUUAAAAAGGAGAACAUAUAAACUGGAAGUUGGAGUCUAAAUUUUCAUUGCUCCUUACAUAUUCAAAAUGUGUAUUUACAAAGACUAACUUGGGGAAACUAGACAUCUUAUAUUUAUGUGGCAUACACACUUUGGUGGUAAAUUAUUUAUUUUAAUUAGGAAUGAUUCAUAUUAAUUUUGGCUAAUUUAUUUUGCCAUAUUUUAAUUGAGACAACCACAUGCUGGCAAACAGCAAGAGCUGGUGUUAAUCAUAAAACUAUUCUAACACACAUCCCAACACAGCAAGAAAAUUUCAUUGUUGAAAAUACAAGAAAAAAAUCCUGAUGCAGAAAUUAUUAUUUGUUGCAAUAUAUCUUAUAUAUAUAUACACACACAUUUAUUUGUAUUUUAACACAUAGGCCUCAUGGAGGACAGACUUUUUUCAUUUCUGUGUUUCUCCAUACCUUGCUCAUUGCCAGGAACAUAAAAUACCUGGAGAAUGAAUGCAUAGAAAAGGAGGAAAAGGAAAAGCAUCGUACCACUUUUGACUGCCUGGGUUUUAAAGAUAUUCUAAAUCAACUCAGCAGGAGUCAUGUUUGUAAAAUGUGUAAGAGAAAUUUAUGUGGAUGUAAUCUCAGUUUUCUCUUGUUACUUUCUUUUGUAACUCUGAAAUGAGUGAAUUGGAAGAGUUCAGAGUUUAUGUCUAGUCUAAACAAAAUUAAAUUAAAGGUUAGCCGGAGGCAAUGGCUCACACCUGUAAUCCUAGCACUCUGGGAGGCCAAGGAGGAUGGAUUGCUUGGGCUCAUGACUUCAAGACCAGCCUGAGCAAGAACGAGACCCCAUCUCUACUAAAAAAAAAAAUAGCCAGGCAUUGUGUCAAGUGCCUGUAGUCCCAGCUACUCAGGAGGCUGAGGCAGGAGGAUCACUUGAGUCCAGGAGUUUGAGGUAGCUAUAAGAUAUGAUGUGAUGGGACUCUACCCAGGGUGACAGAGUGAGACUCUGUCUCAAAAAAUAAAGAAAAAAAAAAAAGAAAGUAAAGAAAUUAAAGGGAGAAAAAUGGCAAGUAGUAAAGGAGGAAAAAUUUGUAUUUUUAAAGAAAAACCUAAGGUGAUUGAUAUUUUCAAAUUCAAGGAUUAUGUAAUGUUAAAGGGAAAAUAUGAACUUUUCUUCUUUUCUGGAAUAAUCUGAUGUUAACCCCAAGGCUAUCUAUAGAUGCCCGGGCCUAAGUAGUCCGUUUUGUCUUGCAAUAUGUAAGUCUGAGAGGUUGUAUAGGCCAUGAUCAUAGGGAUCCUGGAGAAAUCCCACUAGUAUUUGUUCUGGGCCUUAAAGAGGUAAGCAAAGGUAUAAUUUCUAAGUGAUCAUAUAUCCUAGGGGACAGAAUUUGUCCCAGAAAAAUCAGGAAGUAGGCAAACUCCCCUGGGCUUCAGUGAAUUCUUUUCUAAAAUUAAGGGGAUUAAAAUGCAAGAACUCCAGGACUGGCUUCACUUUUACAUGCUAUGAUAUGUUUACCUUACAAGGUUGGGGUAAGGAUGCUUGCAGGGUGCUAAGUACAGGACCUGGCACAGAGUAAGCCCUUCACAAAAGAGGGCAGAGAUAAUGAUGCUGAUGGCGAUGAUACUCUUUGUUGACCAGCAUCACCUUUCUAUACCUCUUCCCUAUGCAGUCACCUACUGCAGUAUCUUCCCUAUACUACUUUAAAGAUAAAGCCAACAUAAACUAUCCUAGACUUAAAAUCAGGAGAGUUAAUUUGGGUCCCUUCCCUUGGAAAAUAGGAACCUGGGGUAACCUUCCCUUAAAGGUUAACAGCCAGUGGGAGUCAGGGUUCGCUAUCACUGAAUCACACAGAAGGAGGUAUCUCUCACACUCAGGAAAGUGAAUGUAUUUUUAAUUAAUCGUGCUGACAGUAUGCUUCCUGCAAGAGACACUAGCCCUACAUUCUUUUCUCAGCUAUCAAGAUGGAAAACAACCCCAUCAGUUCAUUCAGGAGAGGCAAAGUGAGUUAAUUAGACUCCAAGAUCCAUACUAAUUGUUGAUCAAGUAAUGCCAUAAUAUUCAAUGGUUAAGAAUCUCUGGCUGGUUCCAGUUCUUAAGAAUCUGUUUAGCACAGUUCAUAUUUCACAAAACCAAAGGUCUCCAUUGUUGUAAAGCACAAAGAGCUAGAAAUCAAGAGACUUAUGGUUUCUAUUGGGUUGUCACUACCUACCUAAUAAUAAAGUAGGGGCUCUGGAAAGAAAAUGAGCUAAGGAAGGGUUUUUUCGAAAGUUAUACAAAUGAAUGGUUUUUGUUCCCCAUGUAUGCAAAGGUGGUUAAAAUAGCUUCAAAAAAAAUUAAAGUAAUUUACCAGGGAAGUAGAAGAAUUAAGAGGUAUGACAAACGCAAAGAUGGAAUGUUUCCAUGUAAGAAUGGGGACAGUAAAAAGACUGUGCUUUAAAACCAGAACUUUUGUUAGCUCUGCAUUUGUACGAUUAAUUGGUCAUAGUUAAUAUCGUAGAUGGGAGAGUUUUUAAACACCUACCCCCAAAGUAUGCUGCAUGCUAAAACAACAACAGCAACAAAACUAAUUGACACUUUCUCAUUUGUGGUGUUUUUUUGACAACUUUUCCUGACAUAUUAAGAGUUUUUAAAAGAUUAUAAAUUCACACUGCAUUUAUUCAUCAUCCCUGUCCUUCCAUCCAUCCAUAUCUCAAGUUUACCUCCAUCAACACAAAAUACAAAGAUGUAUGUGUCCAGUUUCACUACGGCUCCCUGCGUUUACAAGUGCCGAGAGCUUGCUUUCGGAACGCGCUUCUGAUUGGCCGAGCUGAUGCCAGUGACAUCAACCAACUUACUUUUGAUUGGAAGGCUGGUUGCUGGGACUGUAGCGUUUGCAGGAAGUCACUUAACUGUUUGCAAGCUGGAAAACCCAAGCUGAAGUUCCUUUUUGCCAUAGGAAGGAGCGCAACUGACUAGAAAAGACGUGUCCUAACGCUCCUGGAGCUGGGGCGUGAGCCGGGAGGCCUGGGCCGGCUGCCGGACCGAGAGGCACUCCCGGGAAAGAGAGCUGUCCCUUCCCUGCCUCCCGGCUGUUACCCUUUUAACUGUCAGCGUUCUAGGCUGUAGGGGUAGCACGAGGCAGCGAAACGGAACAGUCGGAUUGGCCGCGCGCCUCAGUUCUAGACGCACCUCUCCACGGAAGGGCCGUUCUGACUGGCAGGGGGAGAAAGUAAACAGAGUUGAAUCACCCUCCCCACUGGCCAAUUGGAGGGGGUUUGGUUUGUGACGUGAUGGGAUUCUGCGAAAUUGUUACUGAGCAAGAGAAUGCCGGAACGGUGCGGACCGGCAGGAGCUGGGGCUCUGGAGCCGUCCGUGGACUCCGGAAAAAGUGUCUCUUAGACCCGGCGCCCCGCGCGGUCCUUGCCACCCACGUCGGAGUGGUGGGGUGAACGUCCUAGGGCUUCGGCUCGACGGAGAGAGACGACAGAGGGCGUGUACCUCUCUUGCAGUUUCCUCUCCCAGCGCCUCGGGGGCGUUUUCAGUCGAAUAAACUUGCGACCGCCACGUGUGGCAUCUUUCCAAGGAAGACGGCUCGGAGGGGCCCGGCCCGUCCGUCGAGGAAUCGCGGCCCGUGCCGGGCAGGGGCUGCGGCGAGAGGCGGCGGUGCGGCGGAGCCCGGGGCGGUGGAUGCUGCGUGCGGAGGCGCUGCCGGUUACGUAAAGAUGAGGGGCUGAGGUUGCCUCGGCGCUCCCGCGAGUAGGAAGCGCCCCGCGCCCCCGCCCCCUUGGCCGCCGCGCCGUGCCGCGCCGCGCCGCGCUUGUCGUCCGAGGCCGGGGCAGGGCUAGCCGAACCUCCGCAGCCACCGCCAAGUUUGGCCGCGCCGCCGGGGCUGCUGUCGCCCGCACCAUGUCCGCGGCCGCCUACAUGGACUUCGUGGCUGCCCAGUGUCUGGUUUCCAUUUCUAACCGCGCUGCAGUGCCGGAGCAUGGGGGCGCUCCGGACGCCGAACGGCUGCGACUACCUGAGCGCGAGGUGACCAAGGAGCACGGUGACCCAGGGGACACCUGGAAGGAUUACUGCACGCUGGUCACCAUCGCCAAGAGCUUGUUGGACCUGAACAAGUACCGACCCAUCCAGACCCCCUCGGUGUGCAGCGACAGUCUGGAGAGUCCAGAUGAGGAUAUGGGAUCCGACAGCGACGUGACCACCGAAUCUGGGUCGAGUCCUUCCCACAGCCCGGAGGAGAGACAGGAUCCUGGCAGCGCGCCCAGCCCGCUCUCCCUCCUCCACCCUGGAGUGGCUGCGAAGGGGAAACACGCCUCCGAAAAGAGGCACAAGUGCCCCUACAGUGGCUGUGGGAAAGUCUAUGGAAAAUCCUCCCAUCUUAAAGCCCAUUACAGAGUGCAUACAGGUGAGCGGCCCUUUCCCUGCACAUGGCCAGACUGCCUUAAAAAGUUCUCCCGCUCAGAUGAGCUGACGCGCCACUACCGGACCCACACGGGGGAGAAGCAGUUCCGCUGCCCACUCUGCGAGAAGCGCUUCAUGAGGAGCGACCACCUCACAAAGCACGCCCGGCGUCACACCGAGUUCCACCCCAGUAUGAUCAAGCGGUCGAAAAAGGCGCUGGCCAACCCUUUGUGAGGUGCUACCCACAGAAGCCAGGGAGGGAUGGACCCGGAAAGGACAAAACUACUCCCAGGAAACAGACAGGCAGGUGGAAACGACACCCAGAAGAGGCACGCUGACAGCACAGGAGGUCACUGCUCUUUGGUCAAUAUUCUGAUUUUCUUCUCUCCGCAUUAUUUUUAAAAAGCACAUUGUAGCCUACGAUCAAAGUCAACACUUGGUCCCCUGGCAGAGGCAACUCUCUGAACCCGUCUCUGACUAUUGGAAGGAAGGCAAAAUGCUUUGGGGUUUUUCUUCCCCCUUUUUUUUUUUUUCAGGGGUGGGUCGGGGGGUGGGGGGAGAGGGGAAAAGGCCACGACUGGGUAGAAUUUCAAAGCUCCAACACUGGUGUACAUAUGUCCGACUGGGUGAGUCAACCUGUGGCCUCACGUGGUGAUUCCGGGCCCUUUCUGCUUGCCGUCUUCUCAGAAUUGUUUUCUUACCUUUUAAUGUAAUGACGAGUGUGCUUCAGUUUGUUUAGCAAAACCACUCUCUUGAAUCACGUUAACUUUUGAGAUUAAAAAAGAAAAAACCGCCAUAGCACAGCUGUCUUUAUGCAAGAGCACAUCUACUCCAGCAUGAUCUGUCAUCUAAAGACUUCAAGUUACUUAUAGUCAAUGGGUAAGCAGAGUCUGAAUUUAUACUAAUCAAGACAAACCUUUGAAAGGUUACACUAAUAAGUACAGAACUUUUAAACCUUGCUUUGUAUGAACUGUCCUUGUUGAACAUAAACUGCACUUUUAUUUCCUAACGCAGAGGAUGAAUAAGUUAAAACAUGCUUUGAGGAUAGAAGCAGACACUCUGUCUGGCUCCAGAUUAUAAUCUGCUUAUUUUACAAUAUCCAUGUUUCCCUAAGACAUCACGGCAGAGAUGUGAGGGCAGAAUCUACGCAAGAUGCUGAAGGAGAAGGAGUAUUUAAAUAAUAAUAAUAAUAAUAAAAAGAACCAAUGGAAUUUUAACUCUAUUAACUUUUCCAAAUUUUCCUAUCCAUUUAGUUAACAUCAUCUUAUUGUACCAUAAUGUCACUGAGGGAAAGGGCUUUUGACACUGUUAGGUUUCAUUCGAAUGGGUACCUAAUGGUAACUAAAUCUGGAAACACCUAUGUUUCGGGGAAAAAGGUGGGUCUCCUUCUCAUGUUCCUACAAAACUCCCACUAUCAGGUGCAAGAGUUAUGUAGAAGGGAGCUGAAAUAUGCAAAGAAAAAUAGACCCCUGUCAGUAGCAAGUAUCAAGGGAAAAUACCACGGUGACUGCAAAGGGGACUCCUCAGAAUAGUCCCUUUUGGAGAACGUAUGGAACACGAGGAAUGAAAUCACAUCCCUGUACCUUUUACGUCAGUAUCCUCACCACUAUCUAUCGUGUAUCUAGGUGUCUGUAAUGGCUGAAACCACUACAUCCAUAAUAGGCCAUUUAUCCGAAAACUUAAUUUUGGCCUUUAAGUGGCCAGACAACUGAACUGAGUUUUCAUAGUUAAAAACCUCAAAUGAGGGGAGUCAGCAGUGAUGAUGGGGAAAAUGUUUACAUUUUUUUUUUCAGACGAUUUCUGACGAUUUUAUCUGAUAUUUAAAACAUGGAGCUAUGGUGCACUCUAGUUUAUAUAUGUGCUGUAAAAUGUGUUGUGUAAACAUAGGGUGCCUACCUAUUUCACCUGACACUCAUUUCCAAUUCAGAAUGAGUGUGGGCUCCUGCAGUGGGCACGGGUCACAGCUGACUCCGACUUCCAAUACAACAGCCAUCACUAGCACGGUGUGGGUUUUUUUGUUUGUUUAACCAACAUAGUUGUAUUAGCAGUUCUAUAAAGAGAACUGCUUUUAACAUUAGGGACUGGGAGCAGUCCAUGGGAUAAAAAGGAAAGUGUUUUCUCACGAGAAAACAUGUCAGGAAAAAUAAAGAACACUUUCUACCUCUGUUUCAGAUUUUUGAAACGCUUAUUUUAAACCAAAUUUUAAUUUCCGUGUCCAAAAUAAGUUUUAAGGACAUCUGUUCUUCCAUACGAAAUAGGUUAGGCUGCCUGUUUCUUCCUGAGCUCAUGGAACAGUUCUGUUUGUGAUACUCUGCACGCUGCCUUUUAGUGAGUGAGGAGUUUGGGUUGCCUAGCAACUUUCUAACUUGGAAAAACUCAUCCUUCCCUCACAGAAAGAAACGAAGGAAAACAAGGCAAAGUUAGUGAAAGACAAUCUUUAUAGUUUCAGGAGUAAAUCUAUAUGUGGCUUUUGUCGAGCACUUAGAUGGAUGUAAACGCAGCAACUUGUUUAAAAAAUGAUGCACAAUUUACUUCCCAAAAAAGUUGCUACUUGCCUUUUCAAGUUGUUGACAAAUACACAUUUGAUAUUCUCUCUUAUAUGUUAUAGUAAUGUAACGUAUAAACUCAAGGCUUUUUAUUCUUUGUGAUAAAUCCUGUUUUAAAACGUCACAAAACAGGAACCAGCAUUCUAAUUAGAUUUACUCUAUCAAGAUACGGUUCAACUAGGACUACUAGAGUUCAUUGAACACUAAAACUAUGAAGCAAUUACUUUUUAUAUUAAAAAGACCAUGGAUUUAACUUAUGAAAAUCCAAAUGCAGGAUAGUAAUUUUUGUUUACUUUUUUAACCAAACUGAAUUUUUGAAAGACUAUUGCAGGUGUUUAAAAAGAAAGAGAAGUUGUUUUAUCUAAUAUUGUAAGUAGUUGUCAUAUUCUGGAAAAUUUAAUAGUUUUAGAGUUAAGAUCUCUCCUCUCCUUGGUUAGGGAAGAAGAAAGCCCUUCACCAUUGUGGAAUGAUGCCCUGGCUUUAAGGUCUAGCUGUCCAUCAUGCUUCUUUUGAGAAUUCUAUUUGGUAGUUAUAAUUACAGAAACUGAUUAGUUUGUCAGUUUGCAGAUAGAUUUAGCACAGUACUCAUCACUCUGGAUAGACUGAGAUGUUCUUUCACUAAAGAUGAAUGAUCUGUAACACUGUAAGAUACUCUUUACAACUGUUUAAUCAGUUUUAUUUUUGUACAGUAUUAGUGACCUAAGUUAUUUUGCUGUCCUGUUUUUGUAAAUCAAAUGAAAUUAUAAAAGAGGAUUCAGACAGUAAGUAUUUUGUACAUAUGUAUAUAUGUUGUCCAAAUAAAAAUAAUAAAUGAUAAA